AUGGCUUCGUCAGCUGCAGCAACUACCGCUACUACUCUCUACAAGCCCGUUCUGACGCGCCUGUCAGAAUGGCUCGCAUGGUACGCUGCCCUGAAAAAGGUCGAUGGCGACAGGAAGCUCGGUGAAGCCGUUGACAUCAACAACACCACCUGGCUCCCGCUCCCCGAACUCAUCUUCUACGACUUGAACACUUCCUCGAUCAUCGCUAACCUCAAGCCACACCUCGCAUCGCUGAAGAAAAGCGACAUCGUCAGGAAGCUACAUACCCUGGUUUCAAUGUCUAAAGGAGAAGAGGUUGAAAGAGCCCGGGAGGCAUAUACAUGCCCUUACCGGCCUGAUGCCGCCUUCCACAAGCCUGAGAAGUGCUGGGCCCUACAGGAGGUCAUUACGGGCAAGAAAGGCCGGCAUAACGUCCCGAAGAAAAGGCUGGACUACGCCCGUGAGGAACUAAAGAAGCCUAAGUGGAAAGAACUGGCCCAGAAGAUUAGAAAGGUUUCUACGACCGAAGAAGGAGAAGGCUGGCCGAAGAACUUCGUAGCUGCGAUCUUUACGGUCAACGCAGUCAACUACGGCCCUCACCCUCUCUCACAAUCUAUCAUCUUCGAUAUAGGCGCUUCAAUCUACGUCGUCAACUCCAAGGCUCUACUGAAGCCCGGCACGUUCACGCCCUCUACAGACGAAGACUUUAUACAAGUCGGCGAUAGCUACCUAGCUAUUGAAGGCAGAGGCACCUGGUUCAUUAAGAACGCCCUCAACGGUCCGAACGGAAUGAACACGGUUGAUCUAACCCUCGAAGAUAUGGCCGUUAUUGCAGGCUUCCACGUCAACAUCGUCUCAGACACUGUUCUCUAUAACAAGGCCAAAUUCUGGCUUGCAGGCUUCGAUAAUACGAUUAGGUUCGGGACUCUGAAGAAGAAUAAGCACCUCAUAGCUAUUAAGGACGAAUAUAGCGGCGGUAUCUGUGUCUUCUCGAUGGCCAAGAAGAACCACUCGGUAGAAAUAAUCAUUGACUUUGAAGCCUGGGUCAAAAGGUAG